AUGGAUAUAUUUUGGUUAUAAAAGAAAAGAAGGCGGAGGAAGAAAAAAGAAGAUCCUAAAAUGGAAGAUAAGGUAUAUGAAUGGCUUUUAGAAUAAUAUAACAAGAAAUUCUAAGUUACAAGAAAUUAGAUAAGAGAAGUAGCAUUUUAAUAAUCAAGUAAUUAAUAAAAAUUUAAAGCAUCUAAAGGAUGGUUAGAUAAGUUUAUGUCUAGAUAUAAAUGCAAAUAUAUGUUACAUUCAUUAAAAAAUGAUAAGUAGAAGAAUAAAGAAAAUGAAAGUUAUUUUUAAAAAAAUUAAUAAUGCUGA